CCGCCAUGAAGGUGUCGGUGGAUUUCGAGGAGUGCCUCAAGGACUCGCCCCGCUUCAGGGCCGCUCUGGAAGAAGUAGAAGCAGAUGUGGCCGAAUUGGAAUUAAAACUGGACAAGCUUGUGAAAAUGUGUAUUGUAAUGAUUGAUACCGGGAAAGCAUUUUGUGCUGCAAAUAAGCAGUUCAGGAAUGGAAUCCGAGAUCUGGCACAGUAUUCAUGCAAUGAUGCGAUAGUUGAGACAAGCUUGAUAAAGUUUUCCGAAAGCUUUCAAGAAAUGAUCAAUUUUCACACAAUCCUGUUCGACCAAACUCAAAGAUCAAUUAAGGCACAACUUCAGACAUUUAUUAAAGAGGAUCUUAGGAAAUUUAAAGAUGCUAAGAAACAGUUUGAAAAAGUCAGUGAAGAAAAGGAAAACGCACUAGCCAAAAAUGCACAAGUUCCAAGAAACAAACAACACGAAGUAGAAGAAGCAACCAAUAUCCUGACUGCAACACGAAAAUGCUUCCGACACAUUGCUCUGGACUAUGUCCUCCAGAUUAACGUUCUUCAAUCAAAGAGACGAUCGGAGAUCUUAAAAUCGAUGUUAUCCUUUAUGUAUGCUCAUCUGGCGUUCUUUCAUCAGGGAUACGAUCUAUUCAGUGAACUUAGUCCUUACAUGAAGGAUCUUGGUGCACAGCUGGAUCAACUGGCCGUGGAUGCAGCAAAGGAGAAGAGAGAUAUGGAGCAGAAGCAUUCCACCAUCCAACAGAAGGCUGCAUUACAGGAUUUCUCCAGUGAUGAUACCAAGCUAGAGUACAAUGUAGAUGCGGCCAAUGGCAUUGUUAUGGAAGGAUAUCUGUUUAAACGAGCCAGCAAUGCCUUUAAGACUUGGAACAGACGCUGGUUUUCAAUACAGAAUAAUCAGCUGGUGUACCAGAAAAAAUUUAAGGACAACCCCACGGUAGUUGUUGAAGACCUGCGGCUUUGCACAGUCAAGCACUGUGAAGAUAUAGAAAGGCGCUUCUGCUUUGAAGUCGUUUCCCCGACCAAAAGCUGCAUGCUCCAGGCAGACUCUGAAAAACUGCGCCAGGCAUGGAUUAAGGCCGUUCAAACCAGUAUAGCUACCGCUUAUAGAGAAAAGGGGGAUGAAUCUGAGAAGCUGGAUAAAAAAUCAUCCCCUUCUACGGGAAGCCUCGAGUCCGGCAGCGAGUCGAAAGAGAAGCUGUUGAAAGGAGAGAGUGCUCUGCAGAGGGUUCAGUCGAUCGCCGGCAACGGCUUUUGCUGCGACUGUGGCCUGGCGGACCCCCGGUGGGCCAGCAUCAACCUCGGCAUCACCUUGUGUAUCGAGUGCUCGGGCAUACACCGGAGUCUAGGGGUCCACUUUUCCAAAGUGCGGUCUCUAACGCUAGACACCUGGGAACCAGAACUUCUAAAGCUUAUGUGUGAAUUGGGCAAUGAUGUUAUAAAUAGAGUUUACGAAGCUAAAGUGGAGAAAAUGGGAAUAAAAAAGCCACAGCCUGGACAAAGGCAGGAGAAAGAGGCAUACAUCAGAGCAAAAUACGUGGAGAGGAAGUUUGUAGACAAAACUUCUACUUCACUGCCUCCAGAGCAAGGGAAAAAAGGUGUUUCCCGAAGUCAUGAGGAAAAAAGGCACAGUAUCUCUAAAACAAUACCAGGUGAUCAAGUCAGAACGCCUGCCAAGAGCUCAGCGGUUGCUGUAAAUAGUGACGAGGCCAGGCGAGAAUCUCUGUUCUGUCCCGAUGAGCUAGACUCACUCUUCUCCUACUUUGAUACCUCUUCAAAACUGCGUAGUAUUAAAAGCAAUGACAGUGGAAUGCAGCCUAGUGCCGAUGACGGCAGAGAGCCUCUACCCUCCGUGGUUUCGGCCAAUAGUUUGUGCGAACCAGAGGCAGAAAGACGGGAUGCUUCUGUAUUUCUUGAUUCUAAAUAUGUUCACCCAGGACUACGACUGUAUCGGGCGGCGUUUGAAAAAAAUCUUCCCGUUAUGGCAGAGGCUUUGGCUCACGGAGCAGAUGUGAACUGGGCGAAUCCCGAAGAGAACAAAGCAACAUCACUUAUUCAGGCUGUUUUAGGGGGUUCUUUGGUUACCUGUGAGUUCCUCCUGCAGAAUGGGGCCAGCGUGAACCAAAGAGAUGUGAAAGGAAGAGGGCCAUUGCACCACGCCACAGUCCUGGGCCACACAGGGCAAGUAUGUUUAUUCUUGAAACGAGGUGCAAAUCAACACGCCACUGAUGAGGAGGGCAAGGACCCACUGAGCAUAGCGGUCGAAGCUGCCAAUGCCGAUAUCGUAACGCUGUUACGUUUAGCAAGAAUGAAUGAAGAAAUGCGGGAAUCCGAAGGACUUUAUGGACAGCCAGGAGAUGAAACUUACCAGGACAUUUUUCGUGAUUUUUCCCAAAUGGCAUCUAAUAAUCCAGAGAAACUAAACCGUUUCCAGCAAGAUUCACAGAAAUUCUGAGUGUCUUGUAAGAAGGGCCAAGGUUCAGUCGGGCAUCCCUGACACUUAAAGCUGAAAAUUCGUAUAUCUUUUGUUUUUAAUGUAUUCAAUAUUGCUAAAUACGGAAUCGUUUAGGUGGAAGUGGAGAAGUGGCAAAUGUUGGAGCGGGAAGACAACAGCGGAAGUUUUUUGUGGUCUUUUCUGGGCAUUCCUCACUGAUUUGGAAAAGAAUCUUUUUGGGAUGUAUUUAAACGUGGUUACUUUGGGCCACGAGGGGCUAUUUCGUACGAAGAAAGGGUGUAAGGAAAACUUCUGCACUCAUAUCUUAGUAUUUUUCCAAGUGCUUUAGCUCCCCACAUCCUUCACCCCUGCUAACAUUCACAGUGUCCCGGAGCCCAAAUGUCUCACCCUGAUUUCCAGAGGCAUCUUGAUAUUCACUGCUGAGUUUGAGGGAAUAUGUAGGAAAACGAGGGAAGCCACAAGUCCCUUUUAACACACAGAGGAGGUGAUUUCCAUUCGGUGGUGUGUUUUUUGCCGCUCCCACCCCCCUCAUCGUAGGUCUGUACCCUGACGUGAUCGUGUUUAGUUUCCUAGUUUUCCCGCCGAGCUGUUUCGGACAAGAGAUUCCACUAAAAUACAGGCACGUGAGGCCGGUCGCUGCCGGGCAGUGCUGGUUUGUCCUUCCCAGAUUUCCAAGGACACAAAAUACUGACGUUCUCAUCUUUCCUUUUUUAUUCUUUUUUACCACCGAACUCUUGGAACUCACCGUUAUGAAAAUACCUGAGAGUCAUUUGUUGUGGUACACUUCUCUUGGACUCACAUAAUUGCAAACAUCACUUUCAGAGGUGAAUUUGAUGACUAGAAAAUAAAAGUGCAGGCUGGGAAUGAAUUUGAAGUUUGACUUUUGGAGAUUUUUUUUAAAAAAUUCUCUAAUGAAAGAAAAAAAUAUAUUUCUCUGAUUUUGUGUGGGAGAAAUCCUUGAUGUUCUUCCUUUUUAAUAACCUACAGUAAAUAAUUGCUACCCAUAGUAUUGCAAAAUAAAUUUUCCCAUUUUUUUAUAUAUUCAGCAUGUGUGCUCAUGAACACCAUAUAUGUUCAUAGAAAGUACAAGUGUAUUCACUUCUGCACACUAUUUUGACUAUAUAUAUAUGCAUGUGUAUAUAUGUGCACAUAUAUACAUGGAUAGCCGUCAUUUCAAUUUUAUAAAAAUAAAAGACCUUAGUAAUGACCUUUUGUUUAGUGCAGAAAUCUAUGUUUGUGUGCAAUUCUUGUUGUUGUAUACCUUGACAGAAGUGUAAAUUGCUAAUCAGCAACCAUUUUCAGAUUCUUUAUGCUUCUGUGGUAUAGUCUCAUGUCUCUAAUACUGCCUUUCUAAUUGUCAGUAAGUAGGAAUGUACUACAGUGUAUAAUUUCUGAAGUUUAGCCUUCAAAAAAGAGAAUUUGAGAAAUCGCUUUGAAGUAUACUCUCGAUGGUUGGAUUAUAUUCCAAAUACUCUAAAUUUUCAAAAAGUUAUCUCAAAAUAUCCCCCUUAACCUUAAGAAUAAAUUACAAUCCAAAUGAAAAAGACGUAGUAAAAUAAAAUUCACACCACCAAGCUGUUCCCUGAUUUCUGUUUUUUAAAAAAAUGCCUAACUUAUACAGUGCUUAUUAUAGUUGUAAUCGCUAUAUUUGUCCUAUGCCUAUUGCUAUAAUAGGCAUUUUAUACUGUAAAAAUGUUUGGUAGAAGUUGAUUCCUAUCGUUAUGCUUGGUAUUCCUUUAGACUUGAAUUACUUCCUAGGCCACGGAAAACAUAGCCCACCUAUUGUAUCUUAUUAUAAAACAACAUGAGUGUGAAGAAUGAAUGUCGUCACUUAAACAGCUCUUAGCGGAAUCAUGGGAUUUUCCGAUUUGAGAUAUAGUAUUCAUUUAAGGUCCACUCAGAUGAGUAAAUUGUCCUUCGAAGCUGACCAUGGUGUGAAUCUGACUAAAACCUCAAGGGAAGGAAAUACCGCAUUUGUUUCUAAUUUUGAAUAUCUUCCAAAACCGAGACAAAGACAAAGCCGUUACACUCCAAGAUCCCCGUUCUCCGUCAUCUUCAGACCCAUCCGUGGAAGCCCUUAUCGGAUUUAAGAAAGACUGAACGGCAACGAUUUCCUUUCUGGAGGCAACAGAAGCGCUUUGAUUCUGUGUUUCUCCUAUUACGCUCCCAUCUUCUACUGCUUGGGGAUUGAGACCGGUUUGUUAGUCUGAAAUUUCCUAUCCAUUUCACUGUGCCUGAAGCGGAUUCUUGAAAAUCCUAGUGGGAAAUAUUUUCAGGGGAAACCAAGCGUUUUAACAACUUGGGGAAAAGCUGUAGUAUCUGAACUCCGCAAGUAUGGAGCUUUCCGCCUCUUGGGAUUCUUGAGAAUUCCAGGAAUGUACAUUGAAAUAGCAUUCCCAUAAAAACUUUGUGUGGCUCGGCAGAAGCAAAUCUGGAGCGCACUAGUGAAAGGCAAGUACUAGGUUGAUUGGAAAUAGCAAGUAGCUUGGCUCUUAAAAGAUUUUUCUUGCCACAUAAGUGCCAAACUUGCAUCGGUUUCUGCUAGUUUCACUUUUGAGAUGAGAUGAAUCUUACAGUAGUGUAUUUGAAUUUUUAUCAUACUUUAAACCAUUUGGUCCGGGUAAAGAUUAAGGGGGUCUCAUGAUCCAAAAGCAGACAGGACUGGGGCCACUGAGGGGCGAAUAUUCUUUGCAUUGCUUCCCCGGUGACAUUUUGCUGUCUUCUUCACUGCCUGACCACACUGUAUUUGAAAAUGUUAACACCCAUCAAAUUUAGCCCAAAUAUACUGGGGAAAUAUACAGCAUACUGAAAUAUGAAGUGACCUGGUUAUACAUGAACAUAAAAAGGCAACUCCUUUUUACUGCCACUCACCCAGGCUACACGUUAAAUGGUGGUAAUGGUUCAUUACUCUUUUGUAGGUCCUCACUAAUUAUUUUCAAGUGUUUAUUAUUACCGUUGGUUGAAUGCUCGUCAUUUAGCUUCCUCCAGCAUUAGCGUUCGACUGACCGAUGAAAUGAAAUCUUUCUUGCCGGAAAAGUGAUCGGAUCCUACUGACUUGUUUGAGUUCUCAGUCGGACGCAUGUUUGGAAGUUGUUUCUGUGCUUCUUGAAUGGAUUUUGACACCUUCCUUUAAUUUUACAGCCUGGACAGUUAGCGAUUCAUGAUAUGUAUUAAAUCAUCGUCAAGAUGUGGACUUCAACAAAUAGCAAAAUAUUUUAUAUUUUAAACGAUAUGGUUCCAGUACAUCGUCACUGAAAUACUGCUUAUGUUUUCAUUCAGAACAAUCUCCUUUGUUUUGAAACACAAAUCAUUCCCAUAGCACUGCUGCAUAGUGAAGAUGUGACUCUUUUAUGCGCAAUACCUUAAUUAAGUACAUAAUGUCCUUACUACAUUUGCUUGAAUGUUGAAAAAUAUUUUCAAGUAUUUACCUUCAGUCGCUAGCUUGUACUUUAAUGAUAAAAUAUCUCCGAGCUGUGGAGAACAUGAGAAAGGACAUAGAAUUUUUUUUUAAAGACAUGGCUCUAAUACAGGUGUAUAAACCCUUUUGCAGUAUUCACUAGAAUUAAACAGAAGGAAAACUUCAGAACUACAAUUUGCACCUCUGGCUUACUUUAAAAUCAACCAAAAAUGACUGUUUGAAUUUCAUAUCUGCUUGACAUGCAACUACAUUGUUUGUGUACCUUUCUUUCAUUUACAAAAAAACUUACCCUUUUUCGAAGGGAUACCCAGGGGCAGAAAGUUUGAUGUAAGAAAUGUAUAAACUUUCCACGGCUUUUGUCUUAGUAUAUUAUUACACUAUUUUGUGGAUUUUUCCAGUCUUUCCUUUGGAGGGUGGUUGAGUGCUCAGAAAAUAAAAUAGAAAUCCCACUGGAUUGUUUUGUUCAAACUGGUUGGUAUUCCACAUGAUAAAAAAUGACUAGCGGGAGAGGUGCUGGGAAUUCACACCCUUUUCAAGGGUGGAUGUAAACGAACCACUUAAUAUUAAAUCUUGAGUUGGUCUACAUUCUUUCCUCCAUCUAGAUCAUUCCAGCCUUAAAUGCUUAUUGCGGCGUUUUACUCCCUGAAGGAAUACUGUAAAGUACGUGUAACUAGUUUUCAUUUCUUUUAUUAGUCCAUAGAAGAGAAGAAACUUUGUAUCAUCUAAAACUUGAAUGUAGUUUUCCUGUAGCCCGUCCUUGUAAAUGGAAAAAAAAAAAUACGUUAUCUUUAUAGUUACUUUAAAAUGUACAUUAUGUAAGAAUUGUAAAUAUACCUGAUUAGAGACUUCAUAUGCUGCAAAAUGGUGGUAAUAUUGGAGGCAAUAAAAAGCUUACCUAUGG